UAGGUCCCAUUGCUUCCUAUUAGGAUUCGCGCGCAACCUCAAAAAUGCAAUAGAUCUUCAUUUGUUCGAUUCCAACAUUUUAUAAACAUAGUAUGCACAGUCAACAACAUCCUCCACCGCUUAUCUAUAAUCCUGCUGCCGGUGUCGGUGGUGCCACCAUACCACACCUCCCACCAGGUUGGGUAGAAUAUCGUGCACCUACAGGUCAACCCUACUGGUACAACACGAUGACACGGCAAAGUUCAUGGAUUUUCCCUUCUGCAUUCGUUGCUAACCAACCACUGCCACGAUCCUCACCCAUGACGUCUCAACAACCUGUAGUGGAAAAGAAAAAAAAACACCAAAUAAAAAAAAAGAUUCCAAACACACACUGGCUGUUUGUGAUUACACCAGAAGGCUACGAAUUUUAUUAUGAUCGUGAAAACAAAACAUCUGUUUGGGAAAUGCCAGAAGAGUUGGAAGAGGGUAUGGCAUUAUUAAAGAAACUAGAAGAAGAGGAAAAGGAAAAGCAAAGGAAAGAAGAAGAAGAGGGUCGAAAACGACAGUUGGAAGCGGAAGGAGCUUUAGAGCAACUGGAGGAAGCCAAAAGAAUAAAGUUAGAAACGGGAGAAGAAGGACAAGGGCAAGGCAGAGAAGCGGAAGGAGAGCAGCGACAAGAUCAGGCUCAAGUACAAGCACAAGAGAAGGAGGCGGAAGAGCCUCAGGAAGCGACAGAAAUGACAGAAGAGGAUAUUAUGUGGCAAUUGCAACAGAUGGAGCAGGACGAGGCUGAAGAAGAAGCAGUGGAGGUGGAAGAAAAAGAGCAAAAGACACAACCAGCAUCAUCCACUACUAAAGACAGUCCACUUUCAGAAGAAGAAUGUAUCAGAAGAUUCAAUGAAUUACUGAAAGAAAGAAAUAUAUCACCGUUUGCUGUGUACUCUGCAGAAUAUCCUAAACUCAUGUCUGAUCCGAGAUUUUCUUUGAUACCCUCUCAUAAACAGAAAGCGCUAUUUAAUAAAUACUGUAAUGCAUUAGGCGAAAAGAUCAAACAAGAAAAGGCGCAUAAAAAGAAACCUCAAGAAGAAUUUAAAGAACUACUAGAGCAAAAAGUAACCAAGAAAAUGUAUUGGGAAGACUUUCGUCGUAAAUACAAAAAUGACCCUAGGUUUCAAUUGAGCCAUUCAAGCAUGACAACCAAGGAAAAAGAGGCAUUAUUCAAGGAUCAUGUGAAGCAUCAUUUGAACAGCAAGAAAAAACGAUCGCCCAAAGAUGAAUAUUUCGAGCUUUUACGUGAUACAAAAGAAAUCCGUCACGGGGUGCGUUGGAGAGACGCUAAAAAGAUUUUGGAAAAAGAUGAUCGUUUUUGGUUGGUUGAAUCAAAAGAAGAAAGAGAGGAUUUAUUCAGAGAUUAUUUAGAAGAAUUGUAAAAAAAAAGAAAAAAAGAAAUGAAAAUCUUUUUUCGUGAGAUCUUUCGAAUAUCGAAUAUACAAAAUAGUUGAAUAAUAAUAAAUAAGGAAUAUGAAGCAAAAAAAAAUAAAAAUAAAAAAAAAUAAGGGCAAACAGUUGAAGAGGGGGUUGCGGGGGUUGGUUUUUUUUUUAUAUCUUAUGUA